GUGGGCGGGGCCGGCGGUGGAGGCUGAGGCGGCAAGGCCCGGCCCGGCCCCGCCGCGAGGAUGAGCGCCGUGACUCCCCGCCAGCCGCCCGCCGCCUCCCCGGCCCCGCGGGCCCUCGGCAGCGCCGGCACCCCCGUGCUGGCCGAGUGCCACGGGAACGACGAUGAGCAGGAGAGGAGGCAACGCCGGCGCUCCAGGGUCGCCGACGUCCAGUUCGGCAGUACCGACUCGCCGCUGGGCCGCGCUUCACCCGCGCCCAGGCAGGCGGAGACAUGGCAGCCGGCUAUGCCGACAUGGACCAACAGCCAGAUCUCGGAGCACUACUGCACCUGUAUCAAGCUCUCCACCGAGAACAAAAUCACCACGAAGAAUGCCUUUGGCUUACACCUGAUAGACUAUAUGACCGAGAUCCUGAAACAGAAGGACUCUGAAGGGACCAACUUCCAGAUAGCAGCUGGCACGCUUGAUGCCAGCGCGAAGAUUUACGCCAUGCGCGUGGAUGCGGUCCAUACAGAUACCUACAGGGUUCUUGGAGGCUUAGGCAAGGAGUCAGCACCUACCAAAAACGCGGACAGCCAAGAAGGAGAAGACAGUGCAGUUUCUGAGGCUGUCAAGACAGUUAAGAAAAAGAAAAAGCACUCAUUCAAAACCAUCGAGCAGAACUUGGAUAACAUCAAUGUGUCGGAGGCUAAUCGCAGAUGCGAGAUUGAUCCCAUGUUCCAGAAAACAGCCACAUCUUUUGAUGAAUGCAGCACAGCUGGCGUUUUCCUCACCGGGCUGCGUACCCAAAGCUGCCACAGUGAGCUCCUCUUUGACUCGAAGAUCGUGCCUCUCCCUUCUUCAGAGACGCUCACGCGGCCAAACUUGGAUCCUGUGAAAGUGCCAGACCUAAAGUCCCUGCUAGCGCCGUGCAUCGAAAAACGCCCCAUCUGCUCUUCGCUGGCUGGUUUCCAGUUUACGAAGUGGGAUGCUGAAUCCCACGAUGAGUCAGUGUCAGCCCUGUUGGAUAAAUUUAAGAAGAGCGACCAAGUGUUCGAUAUCAAUGCGGAGAUAGACAGCGAUGUGGAGGACUGCGUUCCCACCUUCCCAGGUGACGACUUCAAUUCUGACUCCCCCAGGAGUGCAGUAGUAGACAAGAUUGGGGAAUUCACAGAAAACCUCAACUCCUUUGGAACAGUCCACAAGAGCAAGAGCAUUGAUGCAGUUCCUCUUGAAGCGGGAGACAUCAGGACCAUGUGCCUUCAUCUCUCCAUGAAACGAGGGGAAUACUCCUACUUCAGUCCCCGAACUCUGUCGAUGUGGGCUGGCCCAGAGCACUGGCGUUUCAGACCUCGACACAAACCUGCUGACUCUGAGAAAGAGACCAAGAAAAAAAGGAGUUCAAAGAAAGCAUUUGAAAUUAACUUUGAUGAGAAUAUCAACUUUGAGACAUAUUUCCGUAAGACCAAGGCAUCUAUAACUCUAGCCAAAUCCAUUCUGGAAAGCCAGAACGUGAAGAGCACCACUCUUCCCGCAGACUUCAACUAUGACCUUAACAACAUUCUCCAGCUGUUCCUCAAACCAGCUGUUAAACUCUGCAGGAUGCUUGAGCCAGACAGCUUGUUGAAUCACGAGGAUGAGAUUGGAGAGUACGAUUACAACAACCCCAACGACACCUCUGAUUUCUGCCCUGCAUUGCAGGCUGCAGACAGUGACGAUGAUAACGACCCUGUUCAAUUCAUGGGCCAGACUGGGGAGUUCAACUUUACUGCCCACUGUGAGGGUCAAGAGGCUGAGCUUAACAGGAUUGCUGGCAAUGUCGAUAUCACGGCGUACGGAGAGCUGAACCUCAUUGCUGAGCCCGAGAAGGUCAAGAAGACAGCAAUUCAGUAUGCCAAGACAGCCAAGAAAAUGGACAUGAAGAGGUUGAAGGAAGAGAUGUGGGACCUCUUGGUCGAUGGACAGAAGAAAGAAACAGCGGCAGAGGUGGAAGAGGAAGAGGAAGAGGACAUCUCAACAGUAACAGGCGAGGUGGUCUUCAGCGACAUCACAAAGGAACUGUUUCACAGGCUGCCUUCUGCGAUGGCAAGCAAUCUCUCUGUCCCCAUAGCCUUCGCCUGCCUCUUGCAUUUGGCAAAUGAGAAGAAUCUGAAGCUGGAGGGCAGAGAGGACCUGUCUGACAUCUUAGUAAAACAAGGCAGCUGAGCCCUGUGCGGAGCAGACCACCAGGGCUCCUGCCGUCUUCAAUCCAUCAGCUCUCCUGGGUCUGGAUAGCAGAGUUCCUCCAUCUCACUGGGAGCUGCCAGUGCCUGCUAACAAAAGGCACCUCUGUAUCAAUCACUGUCCAUAAUUCCCAGUACCUGGACUGUUACUCAUGUCUCCAGUUCCUCCUGUAGUCCUGUUCAUACCCCAGAAUUUUUUACCUUUUAUAUUGAGCUUAAAGAAAAUAAAUUGCUGUAGAUUGUGUAGAA